ACACGACAUGCGCCCGUGACCACCUCUUCCCUCCAUCUCCACCUCCACCACCACCACCAUCAUCUCACUGUUCAAAAGCACGCCGCUCCGCCUCAUCUCCGCCACCGCCAAGCUGGACGACCGCAACGACGCCGGCAUGUCCUCUCCGCCGCCGGCAGAGGACCAGGCCCGACUGCUUGAGGAUGCCCUUCAAGUCGUCCGACAGCAGACGCUACAGAUGCGACGAUGUCUGGAGACGCCGGGCAAACUGAUGGAUGCGCUGAAGUGCAGCUCGACUCUGGUCUCCGAACUGAGGACCUCAUCCCUCGGACCCAAACAGUACUACGAAUUGUACAUGAGCGUGUUUGAUGCGCUGCGACAUUUGAGCGUCUACCUGCGAGAUUCGCAUCCCGUCAACCACUUGGCCGAUUUGUACGAGUUGGUCCAAUAUGCGGGAAACAUUGUCCCGCGACUCUAUCUGAUGAUCACUGUGGGGACGGUAUACAUGGGAAUUGAGGAUGCGCCGGUCAAGGAGAUUAUGAAGGACAUGAUGGAAAUGAGUCGAGGAGUGCAACAUCCGGUGCGAGGUCUCUUCUUGCGCUAUUACUUGAGCGGGCAAGCGCGCGAUCAUUUGCCCGAGGGAGAGUCUGCAGAAGGUCCAGAAGGGAAUUUGCAGGACUCGAUCAGUUUCAUCUUGACCAAUUUCGUGGAGAUGAACAAGUUGUGGGUGAGGUUACAACAUCAGGGACAUUCAAGAGAGCGGGAUCAGAGGACAAAAGAGAGACAGGAGUUGCAGUUGCUCGUGGGCUCCAAUCUGGUCAGGUUGUCACAACUCGUGGACUUGGAGAGCUAUAAAAAUGUGAUUCUGCAGCCGCUACUGGAACAGGUGGUGCAGUGUCGGGAUGUGCUGGCGCAGGAGUAUCUGCUGGAAGUCAUCACUCAAGUCUUUCCCGAUGAGUUUCAUUUGCACACGCUAGAUCAGCUGCUUGCAGCGACUGCGAGGCUGAAUCCACAUGUCAAUGUCAAGGCAAUUGUGAUUGGAUUGAUGGACCGGUUGAGUGCUUUUGCGCAGAGAGAGGCCGAGCCGAAGACGGACGAGGAGCGGCAGAAGCUGGAAGAUGAGAGUGUGAGCAAGCUAUUGGAAAAGCUGAAUAUGUCGAAAGACGAUGAACCCGAGGCGGAGACGAAAGAAAACGGACAUUCUGGGGAUGACGCUUCGCCACGACCGAGCGAGGACACUGCCGUGGCUUCAACAGCGGAAUCAGACGCACCCACAGAAGGCACCGCUGUGAACGAAUCGGAAACAUCGCAAGCCAACGGCAAGACGAAAGGGAUCCCGGAGAAUGUCAAGCUGUUCGACGUCUUCUACGAACAGGUUAUACAUCUGGUCACCGUGCAGCGGCUACCCAUCCAGGACAUUACUGCGCUUCUCACAUCUCUCAUCAACUUGGCCACGACCAUCUACCCCGAUCGACUGGACUACGUGGACCAAGUGCUACACUACGCGACGAAAGAGGUCGCUCGAUACCAGAACUCGGCCGAUCUCCACUCCCAAUCAUCACAGCACAAUAUUCUCAAUCUACUGCUUGGACCAGUCAAGACGUACUUUUCUCUCUUCACCGCGCUCGCACUACCCAACUAUAUUCCGCUGUUCCUACAACAACCUUAUCCCACUCGACGCAAUGUCGCAGGAGAAGUGGUCAGGAGCCUCCUGCGAAACGAUACCAAAAUCACGAACAUGGCUCAUCUGGAAAGUGUGCUCUCCAUCCUCUCCGUCCUCGUCAAAGAAGGCGCCCAAUCGGCUUCAGGCUAUCCAGGUGGUCCGAUCCGGAGAGCAGUAGUGGAGACGGAGGAAACGGUCGAGGAACAAGGCUGGCUCGCACGUAUCGUCCACUUAAUCAAGGGUCCUGACAACGUUGCACAAUUCCGGCUUCUGCAAAAGACACGACAAGCCUUUCAAGAGGGAGGCGAAAGGACCAAAUAUACCACUCCAGCCAUCAUCACACAAUCGUUGAAGUUGGCGCGAAACUUCAAGCGGAGAGAACAUCUCUCCACGGAUGACUAUGCGGUGCAGUCUAGUGCGUUGUACAAGUUCAUGCACACGGCGCUGUCUUCCCUAUACACCCGGGUUUCCGCAUCGGGAGUGCCGGAUCUUGUUCUGCGGUUGUUUGUCUCUUGUGGCCAAGUGGCAUGCCAAUGCGAGAACGAGGACGUUGCGUAUGAGUUCUUCGCACAAGCCUUUACUGUCUAUGAGGAGUCCAUCUCCGACUCCCGAUCUCAGUUCCAAGCCAUUUGCAUCAUCGCCGGUGCGCUCUGUGGCUGUUCCGACAAGUUUAGCAGAGAAAAUUACGACACGCUCAUCACGAAGGCGGCCUUGCACGGAAGCAAAUUGUUGAAGAAGCCUGACCAGUGUCGAGCUGUGUAUCUUGCUUCGCAUCUCUGGUGGGCCGUCGAGAGUGCGGAGGGUGGACAGGAGGCGGCGACGGAAGGGGGAAAAGAAACCUACCGAGACGGCAAACGCGUGCUCGAAUGUCUCCAACGCGCCCUCCGAGUCGCAGACGCCUGCAUGGACACGGCGGUGUCUGUCGAAUUGUUUGUCGAAAUUCUAAAUCGUUACGUCUAUUACUUUGACCAAGAAAAUGACGCAGUCACGACCAAAUAUCUCAAUGGCUUGAUCGAACUAAUUCACUCGAAUUUAAAUACCACGGAUGGUGCGAGUGGGUUGGAGAAUCCUCGGAAGCAUUUCCAGAGGACAUUGGACUAUAUCGAAAGUCGAGAGUACGAUGGUGUGGAGGUCAAGUCGAAGAGCAGUAGCCUGGGGGGGAAUAGUUGAAUGGUGGAGAGUCGCUGUCUUUUUUCCGAGGCGGUGGCUCCCCAUACGUCUGAGAGGGUGAGGAGGGCGAGGAGAGCAGAUAGUAUCAUGACGGGGAUGAUGGACGGAUGAUGUGUGCAAGCAUGAGGGUGGAGAGGCGGAUGCAACAGAGGAGGCUUGUAUGGCCUUGAUCGUGAUGAUGGUGGCAAGAAGAUGUGUGUGUCUGUGAGAUAGAGAGGGAGAGAGAUGCAUGGCACCUGAGGAGGAAGCAAGAUGUCAUGAAAGUC